AUGGCCGCUCAAAGCUCGCAAUUUCAAGAAGAGACUCGAAGUAAUUUAAAAAACACAGGUGCUUCAAUUAAGAAUCUUGAAAUACAGAUGAGUCAGAUAGCCCAACAACUAGCGGGUUCUCAACAACAAGGCGUGUUACCGAGUUCUACGAUUACUAAUCCAAGAGAAAAUAAUCAUGUGAAUGCGGUGACCACAAGGAAUGGUAAGUCGAAAGAAGUACCUGAAAAGAGUUCUGAAGAAGAAGACUUAUUGCUUGAAGUUGAUCUAGAGAUAAAAGAAAAUGAGGUCGCGAACGAAGAGGUCACUAGUGAUGAAAGAGUGGUAAAAGACAAAGUUAUUGAUCCAAAACCGGUUGUCAAACUACCAUACCCAACAAGAAAUAAGAAGAAAGGGCAGCAUGAGAAAAACUUUGAGAAGUUCCUGGAGAUGUUUAAAAAGCUUGAGCUAAACAUCCCGUUCUUGGAGGCGCUUGAGCAAAUGCCUACCUACGCUAAGUUCAUGAAAGACAUCAUCUCGAAGAAGCGGACCAUAGAGACUAACCCGAUCAUUCUAACGGAAACUUGUAGUGCCAUUUUGCAGGGUAUGAAGGUUCCGGUGAAGAAGAAGGAUCGAGGUUCUGUAACUAUUCCUUGUACCAUUGGAGAUAGAUCCUUCAAGAAAGCUCUAAUUGAUUUGGGAGCGAGUGUAAGCCUUAUGCCGCUGUCCAUUUAUAAGAGGUUGGGGAUAGGAAAAAUUCAAGAUACAAGAAUGACACUUCAGUUUGCUGACCACUCUGUGAAGAGACCUUAUGGGAUAGUAGAAGAUGUGCUAAUGCCGGAAGAUGAAGAGAUACCAAUCAUUUUGGGGAGACCAUUUUUAGAGACCGGGAGAUGUUUGAUCGACAUAGAAGAAGGCACGAUGACUUUGAAAGUGUAUGAUGAAGAGUUAAAAAUUGAUGUGCGAAACACCAUGAAGUACAAGGAUGACGUUGCCACUAGUCAACAUAUUGAGAUAAUUGAUCACAUAUGUGAGAAGAAAAAUUGCUUGACAACACAAAAAUUACCUUUGGAAAGAGUGUUGAGUCUAUCAAUUUUUAACGAAGAGGAAAUAGUUGACGAGAAAGAUAUGGAAGUAGUAGUCAUGAUGGAAGCAUCACCACCUUUCAAAGGUUAUCGGCACAACCGGUGGGAAGAUUUACGGCAGCCCUUAGUGGAAGAAAAGAAAGAUGAACAAAAGAAGGGGACCGAAUUGAAACAACUCCCGGAAAACCUCAAAUAUGUAUUCCUAGACACAGAGAGUAAGUGCCCGGCCAUCAUAAGUUCACAUCUAGAAGUUCUUCAGGAAAAUAAGCUUGUCAAAGUUUUAAAAAAAACAUAA